AUGGGAAUCGUAGUGCGACGAGCGGAGCCUGGGGAUCAGCGUGGGCUUACUACUCUCGUGGGCAAGGCGGGGGGGCCGAGCAUGUUCCGAAAGCUUUUCGGCUCCUACAAUUUCGGCCAGAUGAUCGAGACCUCGUAUCUCUCCGUGAGUGCGCUGUCCACCCUCGAUCCGAACCCAGCCGGAGGCGGGGAUGUCCAUCUCCCCGGCAACAGACAACAGCAACACCCCGAAUUUUUGGUCGGCUUCGCGAUCCUCUCCGAUUCUCCGCGGGCCGGCAUCUCGGAAGACUGGCUGGAAUGGUUCUCCGAGACUCACGCUCCCGCGGAUGCCGAAGUGACCAUGACGAACACCCUCUGGAUGGACUUUGCGGUUGCCGUUAGCGCCGCCCGGGCGUCUGGCGUUGUAAGCGGUGUCGCUGUCGGUAGGGAGGAAGAGGGCGACAACAACGCCGCGGCGCGCCGGGGGGAAGAAGCCGAGGAAGAAGAGGCAGCCGGCAUUCUCGAGGACAUCGUUCGCACCGUAUUCAACACGCUCCCAGAAAUCGACUACCUCGUCAUAAGCCUGCCGGGUGACACGAGCACCGGCGGCAAAGGCAGCAAGAAGGGGGCCGGGACAGCAAGCAUACCGACGCCGGCAUACCUCUUGCGCGCGUUCGAGGUGCUCAGCAGGCACGCAGAUGCGUCUCCCAAUAACCUGGACGAGGCCUACGGGACGCCACGGCUGCUGCUGUGCGACCGCAUGGCCUUUCUGCCGACUCUUGCGAUUCGGCCGGCGUGCGUAGAAGAUCACGACGACCUGAUGCCCGUGUUCGCGGCGCAGAGCGACCUCCUCAGCGCGACGUACGGCGAGUUCUUCUUGGCGGACAUGAUCGAGCUGCAGGACAACGAGAACAAGGCGCUAGCGGCGCUGGUGCAGGGUCGCACAUGCGGCCUGCUGGCCACCUCGAGUGACCUCGAGCUCGGGCUACUCCAGAGCUGUUUUCAACUGGACGACUACGAGCACCUCGUAAAGGCCAGCGAGGCUCCGCGGGUCCUCAUCCUGGGACCGCCGGGGGCGGGGAAGACGACGCUGGCGGUCGCUAUGGCGGCAAAAUACGGGAGCGUGCUGGUGUCUGUCGACGCAGAGGCCAAAGCGGCGGCGGACGCGGGCUCCGAGCAAGGCGAGCGCGCGUUGAAGCUCCUCGACGCCGGGGAGGUGCUUCCGUCCGAGAUGGUCUUGUCUCUUGUGGCGACCAAGCUGGCGAGCCGGGAGUGCCAGAAGAGCGGCUGGGUCUUGGAGGGGGUCGGCACCGCAGCGACGGGCGUUGACGAGCUGGAGGAGGCCAUCGUGAUGGCCACCGAGGUACUCGUAAUCGCAUGACUUUGUGUUCUUUGCAUGGAAGGCUCACGGGAGAGGGGGGUGGGGGGGGGUGUACUCUUAUGUUUUGCAUGCCUUAGUGGUUAGACCAUUGACCGCGCGUCCUCGAGAGGACGGAGCAUUGUUCCCACAGAACCGAUCACCGAUGGCCAAUCGUUCCUUCCUACUUUGCCAAAGGUGACUCAAGCAUGUCUUCCCUAGGUGAGGGGGGCGGGGGGGGGGCGUACUCAUUUGUUGCUUGCCGUAGUCAUUUGACCAUUGACCACGCGUCCCUUUCGAGACGGAGCACCGUUCCUACACCUACUAGAGACACCACCAACAUUUGGGAGCUCUUUACGUUUCUGCCACAAACUACAUC